UAGGCAGGGGUGGAGUAGCCGAGUGACUAUGAAAAGCUUGUAAACGCCAUAGAAACUGGUUUUAGUCUAACCAUCAGCGACAGCCUCAACAAGACAGCAGUUUACACCCAGCCAAAGACAGAAUGAGUGCUGACGGAACCGGGGACCCACCUCCGUAUGUCAUACCAGUAGAGGGUGCCAAGGGCUCCAACGUCAAGGUCUACCAUGUGCACACUCCAUUCACCCCGCCAAGCUCCACUAUUGGAGAUUCUCGAAUCCAGAUGGAAUCAGCCAGACCUGUUCAAUCAACGGAAGCCAAAAACAAAUUCGUCAGCUACGAAUCAUAUGAGCUGGGUCGCAAACCAGGAAUGGCCACAUGCACAAGCUGCCAACAGCAGGUCUUAACCAAUGUCACCUACAAAGUGGGAGUUUACGCCUGGUUGAUGUGCUUGCUCUUCAUCCUGUGCGGGUUUGUUUUAUGCUGCUGUCUGAUUCCGUUCUUCAUGAAGUUUUUCAAAGACGUCUAUCACACAUGCCCGAAAUGCAGUAAGAUCCUGCACAUUGAAAAGAAGCAAUGCUGCUAACCCCAUCCCAUCCCUUCACCAAUUUUAACACCACUCAUGGAUUUGUGUGGCACCUUACACUAUAUGAAGGACUGGAGGACACUUUCAGGCCAAUACAGAUGUCAUCUAGUAUAAACUAAAGCUUUGCGAUCUUUGAGAACCUUUUGGUGUUCAUCUGGCUUAGGCUUCGUUGAUUACAUAAUACAUUACAUUAUUACAUUAUCAAAUGAAUAUGAAUAGUCUACGCAUUGUUUUGAUUGUAUAUCUAUAAAGGACUCAUGGUUAAGGGUUCAGAGGGCUGAGAAGUUUGUGGAACCAUAAAUUACGUGAUGUAAAUAGCAGUAAUUUGGGCAUCAACCGCACCAUUUAAAACCGUUGUUCUCAACCAAGGGGCCUCAGAAAACUUCAAAUGGGCUUCAAGAUGACUUAAAAUUAAGUAAAUUAAGCCAAUGCAAUAAUUGAAACGAGUUAAAACAACUAAAAAGCAAGAUAUUUCUUUUAACUUUUCU